AUGUUAUGGGACUCUUCCGUUCCCAAGUUUCAGUACCCGCCUCUGCGCUCAGAAGACCGCAAAUUCCGAGUCAUCAAAAUCCAGCCGUCGAAGGCAGGUUCUAUCCCAUCUCUCAGAGAAAGACUUCACAUCGAGAUCAUCGAGGCAAGUGUUGACGAUGUCAACACCUUCGACGCCCUAUCCUACACCUGGGGCACCGGCGCGCCGGACAGGCAGGUGCUCAUCGACACGCCUCAGGGCCAAAGAGAGCUACGCAUCACCGAGUCGCUGGAGCAUGCUCUCCGGACCCUUUCUCGACGUAGUCGUGUCCUUGACCGUCCCAUAUUCGUCGACCAGAUCUGUAUCAACCAAGACGACAACCACGAAAAAGGGGGCCAGGUGCGGCUCAUGGGCGACAUUUACGCCAACUGUGCCCAGGUGAUCAUAUGGUUAGGAAAGCAGACACGAGACUCGAGCCGGUAUUUCGCUUUCACCGCCGAGCUGUGUGCCGAUCGCGGCAUCAUGCGCCGCGUCAUGGGCCCGAACGUCGGGCAUUUCCCACAGGUCUUCAACGCGGUCAUGGAUCCGACCAUCGAGGUCAGCAGUGACGUACAGCGCCGGGACCGAGACGACCUGCUAGACCUCAUAGCACGCCACGGUCCCCGCUACCCCGUCCGGGGGGUAGCAGACCUGCUGGGCCGGCCCUGGUUCAACCGCCUAUGGACGAUCCAGGAGAUCUGCCUGGCGCCCGCGGUAGUCCUCGCCUGCGGAGACUCGGGGCUCCUGCGCCUCGACGACUUCCGCGCCGGCAUCCUGUUCUACACCAUCUGGAACACGCACUGGCUCAGGACGUCUGGCGCGUCGGUGUCGAAGGCGGAGGCGCGCCUGCGGAGCGGGAUCUUCGACCUCAAUAAGUCGUUCGUCCGCGUCUUCCAGGAGCGCAAGGCGAUCCACCUCUCAACGACGGAGCGGAGGUCUCUCUACGACCUCGUGUUGAAGUACAACGUCAACGACGAAGGGGUCAAGGUGGGUGCGGGCAUGGGCGAGGACCGCGUCUAUGGGCUGCUGGGUUUGGCUCGGGACGACGAGAUCAAGGGCGAGGCCGUGGCGGGCAUGGAGGUUGGGGAUGUGGCGAGCACAUAUACGAGAUUCGCUUCUUCGGCUCUUCGGCACGGCCUAGGGGUGCUGGCUUUCUCGCAGUUUCCGAAGGAAUUCAAGCCGAAGCCUGGGUAUCGCGAUCUGCCUUCAUGGGUGCCAGAUUGGUCGACGAGUCAGCUCAGGACACCACAUGGCUACUCCAAUCUGUCGACACCCGCUUUCUCGGCUGGUGGGGAGAGCCAUGGUCAACAUAUCACGGUCGAUAUAUCAAGAGGAACUCUCUCCAUCGAAGGUAUCGUAGUCGAUCGAAUAGCCCGCGUAGGGACUCGAAGUAUCCAGUCGGACGGCGAGAGCUCAGUGGAGAAUGCCGACUACGCCUCAGUGCGCCACUUCUUUGGCGAAAUCCACGAGUACGUGCAGCUAGCAGCAGAAACCGGAGGACCCUACGCUCCCGACACUUCGGAUGACAUAUCUUGCACUGAUCUCGCAAUCCGCUUGUUGGACGGCGGCCUCACCACGAAACAGUUUCCUGCGACGUUCGACACCGCAAACCCACAGGAGACACUACGACGGAUGUACACGCAGGUCUCCAAGUACGGGCAGCGACUCAUAGACGCAGAAACGGGGACGCGGGCAUAUGGCAGCAUCUCCCGAAUCAUCGAAGCGGUCGGCAUCGUGCCGUGGUACUGGGUCCCAACGAGCGACGUAGACCUGGUGCGGCUAUGCGCCACGAGCCCCAUCACGGCAGCCCGGAACUGGAUAGAGGGCUUCAUAUGCACAAUCAUCGAUAUAAUCGGCGUCUGCCUCGCGCUCGUGACCGUCCAGACAGUGGCCCACUGGAUCCGGUUCCGCCGGCGAUUCUUCACAAAGGUGGACUUCGCGCAUGCCGGUCGCGAGGCGACGUAUGCUCGAAUUGGCAUAGAUGCGGAUUUCAUGUCCGGGGAGGAGUGGGAGCUCUACUCGAGCAACCUGCUCAAGAAUGCUGGGCGGAAGUUGUUCGUCGCGGACGGGGGAUAUGUCGGGCUGGGGCCCAGUCAUAUGGAGAGGGACGACGUGGUUGUUGUGUUGCUGGGUAGUACCGUGCCGCUUAUUUUGAGGCCUUGUGUUGAGAGUACUGUAGAAGGGAGGGCGCAGUCUGAAGCUAGACGGUCUGGGGAGAGGGUGUGUGACGCGGCUUGGUGGUAUGUUGGUGAAGCGUACUGUGAUGGGGUCAUGGAGGGUGAGGCGUUGGGGGGAAGUGCGGCAGAGAGUGUUGUAAAUUUUCAGAUAUUCUAA